AUGCGCUGUGGCCCUGCACCAACGCGCACCAGCCGCUGCACUACUCCGCGCCGGUCCGUUUACACGCACACCUCCACACGCGUCCACACACAACUACUGGUGCCUGGAGUCCACGCAGCGCACGCACGCGCUGUGAACCUGCACCAACGCGCACCAGCCGCUGCACUACUCCGCGCCGGUCCGUACACACGUACACCUCCACACGCGUCCACUCACAACUACUGGUGCCUGAAGUCCACGCAGCGCACGCACGCGCUGUGGACCUGCACCAACGCGCGACCUGCACCAACGCGCACCAGCCGCUGCACUACUCCGCGGCGCGCACGCACGCGCUGUGGACCUGCACCAACGCGCGACCUGCACCAACGCGCACCAGCCGCUGCACUACUCCGCGCCGGUCCCACACGCACACCUCCACACACGUCCACACAUAACUACUGGUGCCUGGAGUCCACGCAGCGCCGCACGCGCUGUGGCCCUGCACCAACGCGCACCAGCCGCUGCACUCCCCGUCAUCACUCUGGUCUGGGUCCCCCACGCCGCCGCUGUGGCCCUGCACCAACCGCCCCCCCGUUUACCCACUCCACACGUCAACACACGGUGCCUGGAGUCCGCGCAGCGCACGCCCGCUUGAACCCCCCAACCUGUGUCAUCACGUCCACUCACAACUACUCGGUGCCUGAUCCACGACACGCGCGCUGUGGACCUCACCAACCGCGACCUGCACCAACGCGCACCACCCUGCAUCGGUGUACCUCCAGCGUCCACACACAACUACUGGUGCCUGGAGUCCACGCAGCGCACGCACGCGCUGUGGCCCUGCACCAACGCGCACCAGCCGCUGACUCCGCGCCGUCCGUACACGCACACCUCCACGUCCACACAACUACUGGUGCCUGGAGUCACGCAGCGCGCGCACGCGCUGUGGCCCUGCAUGCAACGCGCACCAGCCGCUGCACUACUCCGCGCCGCGCACGCACGCGCUGUGGACCUGCACCAACGCGCGACCUGCACCAACGCGCACCAGCCGCUGCACUACUCCGCGCCGGUCCGUACACACGCACACCUCCACACACGUCCACACAUAACUACUGGUGCCUGGAGUCCACGCAGCGCACGCACGCGCUGUGGCCCUGCACCAACGCGCACCAGCCGCUGCACUACUCCGCGCCGGUCCGUACACUCGCACACCUCCACACACGUCCACACAUAACUACUGGUGCCUGGAGUCCCCGCAGCGCACGCACGCCGGGUCUGCACCAACGCGCACCAGCCGCUGCACUACUCCGCGCCGGUCCGUACACACGCACACCUCCACACACGUCCACACAUAACUACUGGUGCCUGGAGUCCCCGCAGCGCACGCACGCGCUGUGGCCCUGCACCAACGCGCACCAGCCGCUGCACUACUCCGCGCCGGUCCGUACACACGCACACCUCCACACACGUCCACACAUAACUACUGGUGCCUGGAGUCCCCGCAGCGCACGCACGCGCUGUGGCCCUGCACCAACGCGCACCAGCCGCUGCACUACUCCGCGGCGGUCCCGCACCACCUCCACACGCGUCCACACACAACUACUGGUGCCUGGAGUCCACGCAGCGCACGCACGCGCUGUGGACCUGCACCAACGCGCGACCUGCACCAACGCGCACCAGCCGCUCCACUACUCCGCGCCGGUCCGUACACACGCACACCUCCACACACGUCCACACAUAACUACUGGUGCCUGGAGUCCACGCAGCGCACGCACGCGCUGUGAACCUGCACCAACGCGCACCAGCCGCUGCACUACUCCGCGCCGGUCCGUACACACGUACACCUCCACACGCGUCCACUCACAACUACUGGUGCCUGAAGUCCACGCAGCGCACGCACGCGCUGUGGACCUGCACCAACGCGCGACCUGCACCAACGCGCACCAGCCGCUGCACUACUCCGCGGCGGUCCGUUUACACGCACACCUCCACACACGUCCACACAUAACUACUGGUGCCUGGAGUCCACGCAGCGCACGCACGCGCUGUGGCCCUGCACCAACGCGCACCAGCCGCUGCACUACUCCGCGCCGCGCACGCACGCGCUGUGGACCUGCACCAACGCGCGACCUGCACCAACGCGCACCAGCCGCUGCACUACUCCGCGCCGGUCCGUACACACGCACACCUCCACACACGUCCACACAUAACUACUGGUGCCUGGAGUCCACGCAGCGCACGCACGCGCUGUGGCCCUGCACCAACGCGCACCAGCCGCUGCACUACUCCGCGCCGGUCCGUACACACGCACACCUCCACACACGUCCACACAUAACUACUGGUGCCUGGAGUCCCCGCAGCGCACGCACGCGCUGUGGCCCUGCACCAACGCGCACCAGCCGCUGCACUACUCCCGCCGGCCGUCUACACGCACACCUCCACACACGUCCACACAUAACUACUGGUGCCUGGAGUCCCCGCAGCGCACGCACGCGCUGUGGCCCUGCACCAACGCGCACCAGCCGCUGCACUACUCCGCGCCGGUCCGUACACACGCACACCUCCACACGCGUCCACACACAACUACUGGUGCCUGGAGUCCACGCAGCGCACGCACGCGCUGUGGCCCUGCACCAACGCGCACCAGCCGCUGCACUACUCCGCGCCGGUCCGUACACACGCACACCUCCACACGCGUCCACACACAAAUACUGGUGCCUGGAGUCCACGCAGCGCACGCACGCGCUGUGGCCCUGCACCAACGCGCACCAGCCGCUGCACUACUUCGCGCCGGUCCGUACACACACACCUCCACACGCGUCCACCGACCACUACUGGUGCCUGGAGUCCACGCAGCGCACGCACGCGCUGUGGCCCUGCACCAACGCGCACCAGCCGCUGCACUACUCCGCGCCGGUCCGUACACACGCACACCUCCACACGCGUCCACACACAACUACUGCGCACGCACGCGCUGUGGCCCUGCACCAACGCGCACCAGCCGCUGCACUACUCCGCGCCGGUCCGUACACACGCACACCUCCACACACGUCCACACAUAACUACUGGUGCCUGGAGUCCCGCGCACGCGCACGCACGCGCUGUGGCCCUGCACCAACGCGCACCAGCCGCUGCACUACUCCGCGGCGGUCCGUUUACACGCACACCUCCACACGCGUCCACACACAACUACUGGUGCCUGGAGUCCACGCAGCGCACGCACGCGCUGUGACCCUGCACCAACGCGCACCACCGCUGCACUACUCCGCGCCGGUCCGUACACGCACACCUCCACACGCGUCCACACACAACUACUGGUGCCUGGAGUCCGCGCAGCGCACGCACGCGCUGGUGAACCUGCACCAACGCGCACCAGCCGCUGCACUACUCCGCGCGGUCCGUUUACACGCGUACACCUCCACACGCGUCCACUCACAACUACUGGUGCCUGGAGUCCACGCAGCGCACGCACGCGCUGUGGACCUGCACCCAACGCGCACCAGCCGCUGCACUACUCCGCGCCGGUCCGUACACACGUACACCUCCACACGCGUCCACUCACAACUACUGGUGCCUGGAGUCCACGCAGCGCACGCACGCGCUGUGGACCUGACGCCUGCACCAACGCGCACCAGCCGCUGCACUACUCCGCGCCGCGCACGCACGCGCUGUGGCCCUGCACCAACGCGCACCAGCCGCUGCACUACUUCGCGCCGGUCCGUACACACGCACACCUCCACACGCGUCCACACACAAAUACUGGUGCCUGGAGUCCACGCAGCGCACGCACGCGCUGUGGCCCUGCACCAACGCGCACCAGCCGCUGUACUACUCCGCGCCGGUCCGUACACACGCACACCUCCACACGCGUCCACACACAACUACUGGUGCCUGGAGUCCACGCAGCGCACGCACGCGCUGUGGCCUCUGCACCAACGCGCACCAGCCGCUGCACUACUCCGCGCCGGUCCGUACACACGCACACCUCCACACGCGUCCACACACAACUACUGGUGCCUGGAGUGCACCACGCAGCGCACGCACGCGCUGUGGCCCUGCACCAACGCGCACCAGCCGCUGCACUACUCUGCGCCGGCCUCUCACUACAUGAGCUCUGCGUACUGCGGCACUCGGGAGGGUUCCCGUUUCUUGGUGACGGGUGGAUCGGACCAGCGCAUCCGGUACUGGGACUUGGAACAUCCUGAGGACUCGUACGUCCUCGUCCACGCUCCCGGGGACCAGCUGCGUUCCUCACCUGGAGCCGUUAAAUAUAGAAGUAGAAUAAUUGAUGGAACAACAGUAAUCCAAGAAUGUUCAAAACUUAAUCCAAGUGCACCUAUUUCCAUACAAGAGGACAACGUCUACCGCACAGUGGAGUCCCGUACAUUCUAUCACACUGCACCCAUCACAGAUAUCACCAUGGUUGAAGGGAACAAAUGUUAUCUAGUCAGCUCAUCAGCAGACGGCGUAAUUAAUGUCUGGAAAUAA